AUGCCGCGCUCCAUCUGCAUGACUAAUGGCGGUGGCCACCUCCCUCUGGCUUACCUCUCAGGCCUGGGCUGGCAGCAGGCGGCAUCCUUUCCAGGUUCCAAUCCUGCCCUCAGCCCUGUAAAGCCCGGCAGAGCCCUUGUAGGGCCCCGGAAGCUGCCCGUCGCUGCUGGGAACGACCCGUACGUAGACCUCGGUCCCGAGGCCCCGUCGCGGCGACAGCCCACUAUCGCAGGGCGUGCAGAGAGAGGAUUGGCCUGUUGCUUUCGCGGAACCGGCACCAGACCCAGACCCGGGGGCGUCAUAUCACCCUUUGGUGCUGUCCGCAGUCUGCUGUGCACGCCUAAGACCCUUUCGGGACCGACACCCAGGGACGCCUUCACUUUUGCUCACCUCAGCAUGUCGGACACGGCAGAGUCCAGCAUUCACACCGACGGUGAUCCGUAUAGGCAAAGCACCUCGCCUGGCUCCUCGUCUGCCCCGCACGGCCAGCCGUCGUCGCAGGACCUGGCCAAUGUGAUCAAGGUGACCCGCGGCACCUCGUGUGUCCUGUGCCAGCAGCGAAAGGUGCGAUGUGAUAAGAACAAGCCCUGUUCCAAUUGCGCAAAGGCGGGCGUCGAGUGCCGGGUCAUCCCCCCGCAGCCGCCAAGGAGGCGCAAGAAACGGAUAUCCGAGCGAGACCUGGUCGCUCGCUUGAGGAAAUAUGAGGCCCUACUCGCCCAAAAUGGCAUUGAAUUCGAAAGUCUCGGACCUGACAUCAAGGUCAUCGACCCUGGCACCGUCCAUGAGGGGGAUGAGUUGGAUACGGACCUCGUCAGGGCCAGGCAGACGUCCGCCGACCCCCUGAACCCCGACUUGAUAUCUGCUCCUGGGGAAACUCCAGCAGUGCCCAAAACCUUCAAGUGGUUUCCUUUCCAAAAGGAGUUUCGCAUGACAGAGGACAUACUGAAGGACUCGUCCGAUGAGGAUGAUAUAGGGUCCAGCAUUAACCAGGCUUAUGACAAGAUGUUCGACAACUCGGACGGAUUCCCGUUCAUCAUCGGAGGGGGCUCAGAGAGCGUAACUGAUCAGCACCCCUCUGCCAUCCAAAUCAUUCAACUAUGGCAAACCUACCUCAACAACGUCAACCCCCUGCUCAAAAUUACACACACUCCUACCCUCCAGGAGCGCAUUAUCGAGGCGACGGCCAACAUCGACAAGGUGUCCAAGAGCCUCGAGGCGCUCAUGUUCUCCAUCUACUUCAUGGCUGUGACGUCCAUGAAAGAUGAUGAUGUACGUCUCCUGUUCAAUGAGGAGAGACCAUUAUUGUUGCAGCGGUACUAUGUCGCUUGCCAACAGGCCCUCAUUAACGCGGGCUUCAUGCGAAACCCAGAUCUGACGCUUCUCCAAGCGUUUCUGUUGUACCUUCUGGGUAUCCGGCAUUAUAUGGACCCCCGGUCACUAUUUUGUCUCACAGGGAUGGCUGUCCGCCUGGCAUACCGCAUGGGUCUUCAUCGGGAUGGCGCACAGUUCAACUUGUCACCAUUUGAAGUGGAGGAACGAAGGAGGCUGUGGUGGACACUAGCAGGAUUCGAUCGGCGGAUAGGGGAGAUGACCGGCUCGACCAUCACGGCCAUAUCCAACGGAGGGGAUUGCAAGCUUCCGCUUAACAUCAACGACGCUGACCUAAGCCUCCAUGCGAAAGAGCCGCCUAACGCACACAUCGGGGCGACCGAGAUGAUGUUUUCGCUUACCAGACUCGAAUUUGCCAAGGCGCCUGGCAGCGAUAAGAUGAAGGCCGUAAUGGCCGACCAUGUUGGCCAAGUACCGAACGUAGCGGAUCACCGCAUGGUGAACUAUAUCGAACGGUUUUCCACGCACUUGGAAGACACAUACCUGAAGUACUGCGACCCAAAGAUUCCGCUCCAUUACUUCACCCUGACGAUGACCCGGGAAUACAUCUGCAAAUUGAAGAUUCUCUCCGGGUUCUUCAGGGUGGCCCUGACGACCCCUCAACCAAUAUCUUCUGAGGACAACGACAACCUCUUCAUUGAAGCGAUCAAGAUGGUAGAGUACGAUACCAUGAUUCAGACCAACGAGGGGCUGAAAGGAUUCCAUUGGUUUACCUUGAUGCACUUCCCGUUCCCAGGUUAUGUGGCCCUCAUCAAAGAUCUGCGUACUAGGGUAUCCGGCGAGCUAUGUGAACGAGGGUGGCAGACGAUCUUCGAGAAUCAUGAAGCCCGAGGCAUGACGAAGACGAUGCGAAGCCCAAUGCACAUUGGGUUCAGCCAGCUUUUUGUGAAAGCAUGGGCUGCUCGUGAGGCGUACGAGGCACAGCAAGGGAGGACCCUUGCCGCCCCUCCCGUCAUCACAGGCAUGAGACAGUUGGUAGCCCGGCUGGGCCUUCGAGACAAGAGCAAAUCGCCCGAGCCACCCACACCACUGAUGACGCCGAGGAGUUUCUCGUCCCCAGAGGCCGAACUCAAUGCCCAAACACCGAACAUGCAGCCCUACGACGGCAGUGGUAACGUCUGGGGUGGUAUCCCGGGUAUGGAUAUCAACAGACAGUAUGCUGGAGCGUUUGCCGAUGUCAACUUCGGCGGUGAAGUGGACUGGUCCUUCCUGAUGCAGCAAUACAGUGGGAUGCAUCCACCGGCACCAGUGGCCCCGAUUCCCAUGGAUCCCGCCGCAGCACCAUACUGGCAGUAA